GUGACAGUUUUUAGAAGGCCGCCGCUGAUGAGGCGAUGAAGUGCAGAGAAUGAGAGCUUGGCCUACUACUAGUGCCGCUGCAGCUGGGAUUGUGCAGAUCCGCUUUCACAAACCGAGAAAAACACUCGCUUCGUGCUACAUUAUCAAACAUUUGCUGUUGGUUUCACGGUGACCGACGUCCAAAUGGUGAGUUUUUCACGUUUUUCCGCGUGUUGAUAGUCAACGUAGUGCCGAUCAGCCCUUUUUUGUGAGUUAAUACUAGCUUCCUAUGUCGCUGUGUUUCUGUGAUGGCUCAGUGUCACCACCUCGGCGCUCUUCCAGAGACUGGACUGGAUAUAGCCAUGACAACAUGAAUCAGUCAUACAGACCGACUGUUAGGGUAAGCUCGGUGUUUGGUUCAGGCCAGCCAGAGCUGAGGCCCUGCAAUGGCCUAGUGAGUACUUCCUAUGGAAACCAAUAUGGUAUUGUAAAGUGUGGGUCAGACCAACCAUCAGCCCUGCAACUACCAUCCUCCAGCCUCAAACAGCCAGCUGUACUGGGGUACAAUCAGCCAGACCGAUCUCACUGCUACAGCCCUCUGAGGAGGCUGCAGGACCUCACCAGUGUAGUCAGCAGGCCUGACCUAGAGAGGGAUCUCCAUCCAAGGAACCAUUUUCACUGUGCAAGCCCAAUCAGUGAUGAUGAUGAGUUUGAAGCACCCUCAGUCCAGCUGCCUCCUUCUCCAGGCAAUGAUGACAUGGAGCCUUUUGAGACUUUGGAGGACGUGAACAGAAAUGGCUUCUCACCUCUCAGUUCUGAUAGCUUGGAGCGGUGCUCUCCCAUCUCAAAUGGCUACCUGCAUUUUGAGUCCAAGCUGUUUGACAGCAGUGACAUUAAGGUGGGGGGGGAAGAGGAGGAGGAGGAGGAGGAGGAGGAGGAGGAGCAUGACCAUGACAGCAGUGGGGACCUGACACACUUUCACCACUCCCCAAAAUUUAGUCAGGACCGAACUGUGACUGAUAGUAAGACCACAUGCAAUUCAGGGGUGGAUAAAAGAGGAUAUAAACCUACUAUCUUUAAUCUGAUGUCCAAAACUAUAUCUGAACUCAACCCUACACUAAGCCCCAGUGCACUGCCAGAAUUCACUAUGAGAGAUGGGUGGAGCUUAGGCGAGGAAUCCGACAGUGAUCGUGAACUUACCUCUCCUGUUGACCCCAGACUUAUUUCACCUGCUGGCACCAACUCUAAUUCCAACAGCCCAAAGAAAAAGCCUCUCCCUGCAGUGAAGUUUGUAGAAGGUGACUUGGUGUGGGCAAAGUUCAACAGACGUCCCUGGUGGCCGUGCCAGGUCACCUGCGGUCCAGACCAAGAGACCCACACUAAGAUGAAAGUUCCCAGUUCCCGUCCUUGUCGGAUGUAUUUUCUGGAAACGAUCGGGGAGGUUGUAGAACGUGCCUGGGUUCCUGGGAAUGUCAUUCUUCCUUUUGAAGGAGGCAGUCAGUUUGAAGCCCUACCUGUGAUUAGACGGAGAGGGAAGCAGAAGGAGAAGGACUACAAGUAUAUGAUACCCAAACGUUUGCUAACUGCAUGGAAAUUCAGUGUGGCAGAAGCCGAGUAUCUGCUCCCUGCUCGGCAAAGGAACGCUGAAGGUGUCCUUUCAGUAUCCAACAGUGAAGAGGAGCGAGUACCCAGCCCACUUCCUACUGAAAAGCCACAGGAGGCCCCCCCUCCCUCCGUGGACCCUGGUCGAACUCCAUCACCUAAAAUGGCCCCUAAUGAAAAUGAGCAGCAUCUCAACAAAAACUCUACAAUUCUGUACAAUAAGAGGAAAGCUUGUAAGAAGAAAAAGAAAUGCUUGUCAGACAUAUUUGGCCAUAUAGUUGCUGGGUCAAAGGAAUCAUCUCUUGUCACAACCACGGCAGAUCAGUUUCAUACAACUCAUGCACUGAAAGAAGAGGCAAAGGAUUCCCCUUAUGCUGACCUGGAUUCAGUUCCAGUGCUGCGUCGACCUAAACGCACGGCAGUGUCUCCAGUACAGGGCGUAGACAGACUGCUCAGAAAAGAACAGGGUCCAACAAAAGGUAAAACGACGUUUACUGAAGAAGUGAAUCAACGUACAGAGACUGCUGAGUCCUCUAGCAUUGCAAUAAAUAAGCUGACCUCUAAAGACCCACAUUCUGACUCGAGUUUGGGCAGCUCUAAUGAGCUGUCUUACACUCCAGUUGAAAAGCACUCUAUGAAUCUCUCUGCCGGCCGUUGUGUGAUGAGGAGAGCUCUGAAAACAGAGGAAGACACAGAUGUCAAAGAUGCACUGGCCACAAGCCAAAUCUCAGCGAAGGCCCACACUGACUUUUGUCUUGAAAAUACACCUACUAAUGCAACUAUCAAAGCUGCAAUGUCUCCUGACUGGGGGUCCCCUAGAAAUUCAUCUACAAAUCACAGGUCCUCAAAAAGGCAUGUAAGGAAGCCUGAUAAGAAACAAAUUUGUAAUGGCUCCUUGAUCAAAUCUGAGUGUGUAGAAUCAAAUGUGUCCACUGUGCAACCCGUUAAGAUCAAGACUGAAAAUGUUGUCCCGGAUCUAUUGACUCCUUCCCCGUCCUCAUCUCUGUCUCCAAUGGAUGCUUUUCAGGAUGUCAAGGAACUAAUGUUUAAAUCUCUUUUAAAGGAGGACAGCAGUGACUGUGAUUUGACUGUGUUUCAUCCUGACUCCAAUUAUAAAUUCAGUACCUUCCUGAUGCUGCUGAAAGACAUUCAUGAUACCAGAGAAAAAGAAGGUAAACCCCUGACUGUCCCACCAUCACCAGUCCUAAUCAAGGAGGAACCCCUGGUCAUCCCUACUUCUACAGAAGCUGACCCACUGAAGAGUUCUUGUGAUGGUUUCACGAGAACCAUCAAAACAGAGAAAGACCAGCCUGUGAAAUCUACAGCACUUCGCAACACAUCUGUGAAAACCAAGAACAGGACUAAACCUAUCAUGAGAGCUGACAGCUACCACUGUGAAAGCUUUCCUGUUCAUUCUCAGUUGGGGAGCUCAGACAAGCAGCGCAGAAAACAACGACUACCUGCCAAAGUGAAACUCAGCAUAUCUGGCCUCUCUUCACACCUAGCUGACUUUGCUUAUGGCAGGGAGUUUGUCAGUGGCCAUGCUGACUUGGCUGAUCCUGGGUCUGGUCCUCCCGAUGCUGCUGAUACCUCGGCCAGCUACCUCAAUAAGAACUCAGAAUCCACGGUGGCUCCAAAGAAGCGCUGGCAGGUGGUCAAGAAGGCCGCUGAGGAUAAGGCUGAGGUUAUGAACGAGGUGUGUGCUGAGAUUAAUGGGUCUUACACAAGAGCAUCAGCAGAUCUUGAUCUGGGUUUUGAGAAGCAGGCAGAGAAUGACUCGUACUUGUCAGAGACGAGCAGCACAACCGGCCAGUUGGAGAACAAACGUCUCCGGAAACCAACUAAAAGACUCCUGGAGUCAGCUGAGGAGUAUGAACAAAUAUUUGCCCCGAAAAAAAAAUCAAAGAAACACACAUCAGAAUCUUCUAAAAUGCAGACAACAGAGAUGUCAGACCUCCAUGACUUCAGCACCACACCAGGAAUUGUUCCCUUAGCCUCGUCUUCUGUAGAACCCACCAAAGCUCUGGCAGAGUUAGAACAGAGUCCAUCUCAGGAUGAACUUUCACGUGUAGAACCAUCAGUAUCUCCAGGCGCAGCACAGCCCUCCCCUGACACAGAGUCUGCAGAAGAAGCCAAGCUAUCUCCUGAGUCUGACUCAGGGUUGUUAAUCCUUGAAAGAAAGAGGCCAAGGAAGCUGUCACACAGGGUGCUGGAAUGUACCCUAGAAGAAGUGUCCGUUUCUCCUACUAAAAAGAAGGAGCAAAAGCAACACGGUGGAGUUACCUCAGAGGUGAAGAUGUUAAUCAAGACAACUCAGGUUGGAUCUGAGAAGAAAGAGAAGGCUGAACCUAGCACAAUCUCUGCACCAGCUGCUUCCUCCCAGCACUUAGAUGGGAUAGAGGCCCUCAGGAGCCUUACUCCAGACAGGCCUCCCAGCCCCCAAGGAUCUGAGACCCCCAGGCAGGAGGCGGAGAUGGACGCUUGCAGCACUGAGGAGAAAGAAAACCUACACACUGGAACACUAACUCCCAAACCUGAGGUGUUGCCUGUUGGCCUGAAUGACAGCCUCUCUUCCCAAGUGGAUGUAAAAGGAAAAAUGGGAAGCACAUCCUUAAAGGAGAAUGUUUGUCAGGUAUGUGAGAGAACAGGAGACCUGCUGGUGUGUGAUGGCCACUGUUAUGGAGCCUAUCACCCACAGUGUAUUGGCCUGUCGGAAGGUCCCAAGGGAAAAUUUCUCUGUCGUGAAUGCAACACUGGUAUCCACAUGUGCUUUGUAUGUAAGAAGUCUGGUAAUGGGGUAAAGCGCUGCAUAAUACCAUUGUGUGGGAAGUUCUACCACACCGACUGUAUAUUGGCCUAUUCUGCCACCCAGCCACAUAACAAAGGCUUCCGCUGCCCUCUGCAUGUUUGUCUGUCCUGCCACAUCACCAACCCUCUCAAUGUCUGUGGCUCUAAAGGUCGGUUGGCUCGAUGCGUGCGCUGCCCUGUGGCAUAUCAUGCCAAUGACAACUGCAUGGCAGCAGGCAGCUUAGUACUGGCAAACAACAGUUUUCUCUGUCCGAACCAUUUCACUCCCCGCAAAGGCUGCAAGAACCAUGAACACAUCAACGUUAGCUGGUGCUUUGUCUGCUCUGAAGGCGGCAGUUUGCUGUGCUGUGAAGCCUGCCCUGCUGCUUUCCAUCAGGAAUGUUUGAAUAUCGACAUGCCUCAGGGCAGUUGGUUCUGCAAUGACUGUAAAGCUGGGAAGAAGCCUCGAACAAAAGACAUACUGUGGGUCAAAUGGGGACGCUACAGGUGGUGGCCUGCAGAGGUUUGUCUGACCAAAGACGUCCCAAAUAACAUCCUGAGGAUGAAACAUGACGUGGGAGAGUUCCCAGUGCAGUUCUUUGGCUCCAAAGAUUUUGUGUGGACGUAUCAGGCCAGAGUCUUCUCGUACAUGGAGGGUGACACUCACAACAUAGAAAAAAUGGGGAAGGGUACAGACGCUGUGUACAAAAAGGAAAUACAGGCAGAAAAGGAAAUGAAGCAGCUUCAGGAGGACAGAAAGAAUGACAAGAAACCUCCUCCAUACAGGCACAUUAAGGUAAACCGGCCCAUUGGGAAGGUGCAGAUCAUCACAGCUGACCUAUCAGAGAUCCCACGCUGUAACUGUAAGGCGACUGAUGAGAACCCCUGCGGCGUCGACUCGGAGUGCAUUAACCGCAUGCUGAUGUACGAGUGCCACCCUCAGGUGUGUGUAGCAGGAGAGCGAUGUCAGAACCAGGCCUUCACAAAGCGCCAGUACACACCUGUGGAGAUUUUCAGGACACUGUCGCGCGGGUGGGGUUUACGUGGUUUGUCCGACAUCAAGAAGGGAGCUUUUGUGAGUGAAUAUGUAGGAGAAAUGAUAGAUGAAGAAGAAUGUCGAGCCAGGAUCAAACAUGCCCAGGAGAAUGACAUCUCUAACUUCUACAUGCUUACACUGGACAAGGACCGAAUCAUUGAUGCCGGGCCAAAAGGGAACCAGGCUCGCUUCAUGAACCACAGCUGCCAGCCAAACUGUGAGACUCAAAAGUGGACUGUGAAUGGGGACACCAGGGUGGGUCUGUUUGCUCUCCAAGACAUCCCAAAAGGUGUGGAGCUGACUUUCAAUUACAACCUGGAGUGCCUUGGCAAUGGGAAAACUGUCUGUAAAUGUGGAGCACCCAACUGCAGUGGUUUUCUGGGUGUCCGGCCAAAGAACCAGCCAUCAGCUGAGAAGAUGAAACUUAAGGAAGGGAAAAGAAAGGUCCCCAUGAAGAAGAAGACCAAGCAAGAAGUGACCAAGGAGAGGGAAGAUGAGUGCUUCAGCUGUGGUGACGGGGGACAGAUAGUGUCCUGUAAGAAGCCGGGUUGCCCUAAGGUUUAUCAUGCUGACUGUCUCAAUCUGGCCAAGAGGCCUGCAGGGCGGUGGGAGUGUCCAUGGCACCAGUGUGAUGUCUGUGGUAAAGAAGCGGCUUCGUUUUGUGAGAUGUGCCCAAGCUCAUACUGUAAGGAGCAUCGUGAGGGCAUGCUCUUCAUCUCCAAGCUGGAUGGCAAGCUAUCCUGCAGUGAGCACGACCCCUGUGGGCCCGACCCGCUGGAGCCAGGGGAGAUUCGUGAAUACGUGCCCACCAUAACCUCUGUGAGACCAGGGGCCACGACUAUACCUUUCUCUCCCUCACUGGUCCCGAACUCAAGAAGGACCACUUCUUCUUCUGCUUUCAUCCCUUCCUCUCCCGACCAAAAAGCGCCGGUCAGGCAGGAACCCCCUCCUCGUCUAUACAUCAACACAAAGACUGCUACCUCAAGCUUCAUCCCAUCCAGUAGGUCGUACCUCACAGACAGGACUGAUGGGAAAGCACUUUCCACUCCUACCUCCUCUAGAGACGAGAGAGAGGAUGGUGAGGUGGAGGACGGGGAUGUAUGUGGUUUAGAAAUGGAGGAGGUGGAGGAUGACGACGAUGAUGAUGAGGAGGAGGAGGAGGAGGAGGAAGAAGAGGAAGAGGAGGAGGAAGAUGAUGAGAUGAAGGAAAUGGAGAUAGUGGAAGAUGAUGAAGACGAGCCGCAGUAUGGAGAUGACCUGUUGGAGGAAGAUGAGGAUGAAGGAGACGAUGUCUAUGACAGUUGGUGUGACUAUGUGGAUGAAGAGGCUGAUGAUGGAGAGGUGAAGGGGGAGGACUUGGAGGAGUGGGGGCGAGUGGAAGAUGAUGACAAAUGACUCGGUCCACCCAUUCCUUGAUAACUACUCAGUAAAAACUCUCAAUAGAUAUUCAAAGGAUAAAAGAGUUUGAUACUGUAUUUUGGUACCUACUUGAAUGCUACACUGCCUUCACUUUGGUACAGCAUUGCCUUCUCAUCCCCAGACUGCUGGACUGACAGUGGAGAUAUGUACUGGUGCUAAGGCUUGGGGACUGAUUCAGUCCAUCUCUUUAUACUUUGUCAAUAUGUUUAUUUGUGUCUGGUGCUGUUAGGUUCUUUCUCUCAACAUUGUUUACAUUUUGGGGCUUUUUAUUAUGUUUGGAACAUACAAAAAAGAUGAGAAGUUUCACCUGACCAAACUGUCGCCAUAAGGACAUUUUACAGUAUGUUGGUGCUCUCUUAACCUUGUCUUUCUAAUUACAAGAAUGAUUUUAAAAAA